CCGUCGUCAUCGCCAUCCAAUCGUUAGUUAGUUAGGGUUGCGCAGCGCAUCCACAGCCAGGGGAGGGAAACGAGAGCUACCUCAACAAUGUACCGAUCUUACCGGGUACCAAAGCCGGGUGUCGCCUUAGAGAGCAUGAUCAGCCCAGCAAGCCAGCCUUGAUGAUUCAAGGCUUCCGAUGUUGACGGCGACAACGACGACUACCACGACGGCGACGAUGGAGACGAUUUCUGCUCUUGUUCUUCCUGGCUGUUGCUGGUUGCGCGCGCAGUUCGAAAUGUUCCUCCCGACUCGACUCGGCUCGGCUAUAUGGUUGGAAUAUGCCGCACAUACCAGAAAGCUGUAUAUUUAUGACCGGCGGCCGGCGGAGAGGGAAGGACACAACACGCGGUUCCUCGUGCAGGCAGUGCAGAUCGGAGCAAACAACGAGCGACUGACUGGAAAGAAUGGUGUCUUAGUGGAAUUUUUCCUUUUUCGCAGCGCACAUCUUCACAAUCAGUGGGGACCGGGGCUCUCUAGGUAUUCCCUCUAAGAGCGACAACAGUUCAGUGCAAGCAGUGCGACAAAAUUUAACCACGGUAUAAGUACACGGCAACACUCCUCCCGGUCCGAAAAGCGGCAGAACGUACCAACAUGAAGAUUUCGAAUUCGUUCGCCACCACACAGGAGGCACGACUUUUCGAUUCAACUCGUGCGACAUUCAACACCAAUUGCGUCGAGAUGUGAUGAUGGUGAUGAUGCACCGUUUGGGUUUAUAGGCGCACACUGCAUUAACUAGCCUAUGCUAUCCGGAUUGUGGCCGAAUAGCGUGAAGAGUUACUGCCUACCGAGAACCUUCUUUGGUUGACCAAAUUAGAUUCUAGUUCUGGCAACGACGUGUUACAUUUUAUGCAGCUUGUUUGCAUUCUUCGUCGUUUAUCUGUUUGCUCUUAUCUUUUCGGGGUCCGUCUUCUGGCAUACAUUGUAUGAGAAAGGUGCGUUGUGGUUAGUGAACAGAAGGGUCCAGAAGGGUGAGGCCUUGUAGACGCGUAAGAAACUUGAAACAAUAACCACGACAAUUCGCCCCCCCUUAAAAAACAAAUCUUCGCUACGCCACUUUAUUCGUGUUCUGGUUGGAGUUUCUUCACCCCUCCUCUUGGAUACUUUUUUACCAGUUCGGUGUUCUAUUGAAAUCAUCUGAAAUACUCGGCAGAUUAUUGAAUUCCAAAAAAGUUCGUGCCUCUAACUGAUUCCGCCGCGGGAUUAGCGAUGGCAUCAUCAUUCUAGUCGAGUCAUAAAUCAUUUUUUCCUCCCAGUGACUUCAACCGGUGUUCCGAGCCCAGCAGCGCCAGCGACGAACCCCCGUCUCGCCGACCAUAUGUCAUUUCAUUCACGUCACUUGCACGCCGCGCCGAUCUUGAUUUAUGAUUAAUCAAUAAAGUUUGCUAAUUUCUUCUUCUUUUUCCCUUUAAUUUUACAGAUAUUUUAGCUGAUUAGUGUUUUUUGUUGCGCGCCAGCAGCUUGUCCAUCCAUCCUAGCGCCAUCAACGGACCUCGGUUUCAUCUCGCGGCUGGACCGGGGGAGAGACAGUGAAGAUCGACCGAGAAGCGUGUGUGCUUGAACCCAACUCAACCGGGCAGCAGAGGAGGCAUAACGCGGAUUUUUUUUUUUUCGGCUGCCACACCAUAGGAAUAGACAUCAUCCGCGCACCGGGCAAACGAGUGUGUGAAUGUAGCACAGCCAAAUAGCGCGAUUUCGAUCUGGCCCGGUGGAUCUAAUAAGUCGGAAAAUUAAGCAUUGUUGCCUGGAAAACAUAUUUGUGCUUUUAUUGUGUCCAAUUUGGUGGUGCAGAAUUUUCAGUGAAAAUAGCAACGCAUACAAGUGCCAAGUUCUGGAUCAGAUAUCCAGCCGUAAAAUAGCGUGGAAGGAAUGUAAGCGACGGCAGGCAGAGAGUAUAGGCAGCAGCAGUGUGAAACGCGUAGAAGAGAAGUGUAGGAUUGCUGCUCCCCGAUCAGAUGUGUGUAUUCGGUGUUGCCGCAGCUGUGGUGCAGAGGAAAAAGUGAAAAAAUGAUGUAGGAAACUUGAAGUUUUUAAAAUUUCAAGAAGCAAGAAAAGGAGAGAACAUCCAAAGCAGCAAGAGUGGCACAGUGCGCGCGGUGUCAAGAAAGGUUCAAGAUAAAGUGCACAAGAGUUAGAGAGGAAGAAGAAACCAGAGAAGAAGAGUUAGAAACCACCGACAGUGAGUGAAGACCCGUGUGUAUAGUUUGUAUUCGGGUUGUACGGCUAUAAUGAUUUUUAAUUUUUAAAAUGAGUUCCAACGUUGGCUGAGGACAUAGGAUCGGGAUAAAAUUAAUCAUUACAAUUAGCAUUAAACGAUGUACGGUUGGUGUUGGGCUGUGGAUACUGCCGAAAAGUGAGACGUAGAGCCACGUGCAGCAUUCACCAGUUUGAAGUGAAGUGAAGUUUAAAUGCUACUAAGAUAUGCGAAAAGUGUUAGCGGUUUAUGAUGGAUCGUGUUCGCGGUGGUAAAAACCAGUCACAGAAAAUAGCUCCAGCAGUAUUAUGACGCACCGUUUAGGUGGAGCUAAGAAUUUGGGUGCAGCAAGCAGUGAAACAAAAGUGCGCUAGAGAAAUAUUUCUGAUCCGACACAAAGUCCAGUUAAAAUGCGGUGUGCCAGUUUAAAAAUUGCCUUUUGGCUGCUAGUCAUACUAGAAUUGUACGCCGCGAUAGACUGCGUAGGUGCACAUGGGCCUGGGCCUGGACCGGGUCCUGGCGUAGUGAUAGGGGCUCGACGACGAUCGUCAAACGAUGGUGCAAUGCAAUCGCGCGCCGUAGACACCAGGGUUCAGUUCGAAGUGUUUGAAAACGAAGCUCGUGGAACAGUCGUGGGUUACAUUCCAACGAAACCUGGGUUCACUUAUCGUUUCAAUGAACCACCACGGGAAUUUGUCCUCGAUCCAAAUACGGGCGAAAUCAAAACAAACGCAAUUCUCGAUAGGGAAAUCACUAAAAAUGAUCGCCACGAUCUGGUGAUACUGUCCAGUCAACCAACGUAUCCCAUCGAAGUCCGAAUAACAGUUGUUGAUGUCAACGACAACGCUCCGGAAUUUCCGGAACCAAGCAUAGCAGUGUCAUUCUCGGAAAGUGCCAUAUCCGGUACCAGACUGCUGCUGGAUGCCGCUACCGAUAAGGACAUCGGUGAGAACGGAGUCACUGAUGACUACAGGAUCGUCGAUGGAAACCACGACGAAAAGUUCCGUUUAGCAGUUACCACCAAUCCUAGCGGCGACGUAUACUAUCUACACCUAGAAACUACCGGAAAGCUGGAUCGUGAAACGCGGGGCUCUUAUAUGCUCAACAUAUCGGCAAAAGACGGAGGAACUCCGCCUCGAUUCGGUUACUUGCAGGUAAACGUAACAAUCUUGGAUGUGAACGAUAACCCACCAAUAUUCGAUCACAGUGACUACAUUGUAUCGCUUAACGAAAGUGUUGUACCAGGAACACCAGUUCUUCAAGUUAUGGCAUCGGACAACGAUCUGGGCGACAACAGCAAGAUAACUUAUUACCUCUCAGACACGGAAACACAGUUCACGGUAGACCCGGAAACCGGUGUCAUCUCUACCACGGAACAACUGACAUGUCCUCACCAAAACUGCCAAUCGCUAUCGCGACCCGACGGAACGUGCCCCAAAAGCUGCGUGUUUACAGUGUUCGCGCGCGAUCAUGGCUCUCCUCGACAGGACGGCAGAACAUACGUUACCGUCAAUCUCGUGGACACCAACGAUCACGAUCCCGUCAUACGGUUUCAGUACUUCCCUCCAACGGGAAGCUACGCCACGGUUGAUGAAAACGCUGCCAACAGCUCCGUAGUGGCAGCUGUAUCCGUUGUCGACAUGGACGAGGGACUCAAUGGCGACACCAGUUUGAAGAUCAUUGCUGGCAAUGAUCUACAGCAUUUCAGACUGGAAAAAUCACCAAGUUUCUACAUUGUUCGGGUUAAUGGAGUCCUCGAUCGCGAAGAGAUCGGCAAGUACAAUCUGACUGUGGUGGCAACGGAUCGAGGAACACCUCCACGUACCGCAACUGCCCAUCUGAUCAUCCACGUCAACGAUGUUAACGAUCAUGAGCCGGUUUUUGAAAAGUCGGAAUACUCCACCGUGCUUAGUGAGCUUGCUCCUCCGGGAACCUACGUUGCCAGUAUCACCGCCACAGACGAGGACACAGGAGUGAACGCACAGAUCAUCUACGACUUCGUUUCGGGUAACAACAACCAAUGGUUCAAAAUCGAUCCAUCGUCCGGUCUGAUCACAACGCAAGCACAACUCGAUCGUGAAGUAAACGGCAAUAUCGAACUAAGUAUCUCUGCUCGGGAUGGAGGACCCAACCCCAAGUGGGCUCACACUCAGCUCAAAGUAACCAUUCUAGACGAAAACGACGAAGCCCCACAGUUCUCACAACCCCGGCUAAACAUCACCUUGAACGAGAACACCAAACCGAAAACCGUGGUCGCCAUCCUGACAGCCGAUGAUCACGAUCAAGGAACAAACGGUAGCAUCACCUAUUCCUUCCACCCGAGCGUGGAGAAAAACUACCCAGGUGUUUUCCAUCUGGAUUCCAUUUCCGGUCAACUAACCACCAAAUCCAACCUGGAUCGGGAGAAAGUCCCAUUCUACAACAUUCAAGUGAUCGCACGCGAUCAAGGAACCCCUCCUCAAUCGUCCACGGCAACGGUCCAACUCAAUAUCGACGACACGAACGACAACAACCCGGAAUUCUACCCGAAGCAAUAUUUCCUAGCCCUACCGGAGGACACCGCUCCGGGACGACCGAUUCUCCAGGUCAGGGCAACCGAUCAAGACGAAGGCGUCAACGCCAUGAUAUCCUAUGAGAUCGUCAGCGGUGGCGAUGGACUGUUCGCGAUCGACGCCAAUAGUGGACAGAUCACCCUCCGGGGGAGCUUGAAAAAGUCGUCCAAGCCGUUGCACAAGAUUGUGAUCGCGGCGAAGGAUAAAGGAGGACGACGCGCUGAGAGGGACGCGGUCGUUGAGAUUAUCAAGGAGUCCAUCAUGGAAGAAAUCGAGUUUGAUACUCUUACAGGGUAUGAGUUUCAGUUGGUGGAAGACAACGGUUUGGAAGGACCGGGUAUCGAGCGGGAAGUUGGCCAGAUAAGGUCGAAAGCUUCUCCGUCAGUGCGAAACGUUGAGUAUUCGCUUCUGCAAGGCGAUCCCAGGGAGUGUUUCAAAAUCAAUUCGAGAACUGGAAUGAUCAGCAGUGCGAGGAACGUUGAUCGGGAAACGUCUUCGUUUUAUAGCAUCACUGUAGCAGCGAGGAACGGAUUGGCUUUCGGACAAACUGUUGUGAACAUUACGAUAGUGGAUUUGAACGACAAUGCGCCAGUAUUUACGCAUGAUCAUGAUGAGAUCAAUCUACCUGAGAAUACCGCCGUUGGACAGGAAAUUUACCUUUCCAAGGCUAAGGACGCCGAUUCUGGUGCGAAUAGUCGGAUUACUUACAGUUUGAAUUAUAAUCCGCAAAACCUGUUCAGGGUUUCCGAAACAACUGGAGUAAUUUAUCUGAACAGGCCGAUUCUGGUGGAUCCUGGGACGGUUCUGAAUUUGGAAAUCACUGCAACGGAUGGAGGUGAUCCACAGCUGUCCACGAAGAGUACCGUUACAGUGACGAUUGAAGACGUAAACGAUCACACUCCAGUAUUUGAUCAUACGUCGUACGAGACGUCUCUGCUGGAGUCCAUGCCCGUUAAUUCGAGAUUUUUUGCAUUGGCCGCAUCGGAUGCAGAUACCGGCCUGAAUCAAAGGAUUUCAUAUGCGAUCAUCGAAGGCAACGUGGAUGGGAAGUUUGGUAUAUUCCCCGAUGGGUUUUUGUAUGUGAAAAGUGCGCUAGAUCGAGAGGAACGAGAUUAUUACUCGCUGACAAUAACGUGUACGGACGAAGGGGAUCCUCCGAGGAGCUCCUCGGUUCCGGUGAUUGUUCAUGUGAUCGAUGAGAAUGAUAACCCACCGCAGUUUACCAACAGCACGUUCAUCUUCAGCGUGGCCGAGAACGAGCCGGCCGAUACGUUUGUGGGCAAGUUGACUGCCGUCGAUCGUGACAUUGGACGGAAUGCCGAGCUGAUCUAUAUGCUGUCGAGCAAGCAGGAAGAUUUUAUAAUCGACUCGCGAAACGGAUUUAUAAAAACGUUGCACGAAUUCGACCGAGAGGCGCUGGUACAAACGACCGGACAAAAUUUUAUCAUGCUGGAAGCGACCGUGACCGAUAAUGGAUUGACCCGUCUGCGGGAUAAAGUCAAGAUAAAAGUUUUUAUAACCGAUGUGAAUGAUAAUGCACCGCAGUUCGUGCGAGCCCCUUAUAAGGUCCAGAUCUCGGAAGGAUCAUCGAUCGGAACCCAGCUGAUUCGGGUGUACACGAACGACGCCGAUGAGGGUCUUAAUGGGGAUGUGUUUUAUUACAUUGCCGAAGGGAACAGCGAUGAGCGAUUCGUAAUUGACGAUGCUACCGGUCAGAUAACGCUCGCGAAAGCCCUCGAUCGUGAAACGGUGUCAAUGUAUAAAUUAACGAUCGUUGCCCAUGAUGCAUCGAUGCAGAAUCGAUUAAGCACCAGCACGACGGUCACUAUUGAGGUACUGGAUGAGAACGACGAUGCACCGGAAUUCACCCAAACCCUAAGUCAAAUCGCAAUCAACGAAACCACAUCGAUCGGAACGGAGUUGAUUCGAUUUCGGGCCACCGAUAUGGAUCUCGGUGUUAAUAGUCAGAUUACGUUCUCGAUAGCCGCCGGCAAUCGCCGAGACACGUUUCACAUCGAUCCCAUCACGGGCAAUUUGUACCUGCAUAAAUUGCUAGAUUAUGAGGACACCCAAAGCUACUCGCUAAACAUCACCGCCUCAGAUGGUGGCAACCCACGACUAUCCACGACCAUUCUGUUCAUAGUGAAUGUGAUCGAUUCGAACGAUAAUCCACCGAGCUUUCCAAACACCGCAAUUGUAAGACAAAUUCGUGAAGGCAUUCCCAUCAAAACUCCGAUCGUGACUGUUACUGCCGAAGAUCCAGAUUCUGGCCCGAACGGCAAAGUCUCCUACGAGAUCUCCAACCAAGAUCCGGAGAAUCGCAAUCGUCAUUUCGGCAUCAACCCAACUACAGGUGUGAUCCAUACGUUACAUGCCAUCGAUCGUGAGGCCAUUGAUACCUACCGCCUAACGGUGAUCGCGACCGAUCAAGCAUUAGUUCCGUCACAACGUAUGUCUGCUGAGAAAUUAGUCACAGUCAUAGUGGAAGACAUCAACGAUAAUGCACCGGUAUUUGUUUCUAUGAAUGCUGCCAUUUUGUCGAUGAAAGACGUGCGCGUGGGAGUGGACAACAGUCCCAAUCCGGUCAUGUACAUCAACGCCCAUGACGCCGACUCGAGCUCUAAUGGAUUAGUGACGUACGAAAUGACUGGUGGGAAUACAGAUUUGUUCAAACUGCAUCGAUCGACCGGUGCCAUAACGCUGCGAAAAGCCAUAUCAAAACCGGAAAUUCGCUAUCAACUAUCGGUACGGGCCACCGACGAAGCCGUACAGAACGAGCGUAAAAGUAGUGACGCGUACAUAACGAUCCUCACCACGGUGCCAACGAAUAAUGGACCAGUGUUCGUGAAGAAGGACAUGUUCGGGAGUGUGUCGGAAAAUGAACCAAUCGGUACGAGCAUUUUGACCGUCUCGGCCUAUUUGAAUUCGGUGAGUGACAUCGAGUACUAUGUGACCAAUGUGACCGGCGAUGGGAAACAGGUGAACCGUUUGUUCGAUAUCGACACCAAGCUUGGAAUACUGUCAACGGCUGCCGAGCUGGAUCGCGAGUCCGGCGUGGAAAGCUACGAGGUGGAGGUCUACGCGAUCGCACUCGGAGGAAUGCCGCGAACUACUAGCACCAAGAUCCGAGUGAACGUGUUGGACAAGAACGAUAGCCCACCGACAUUUCGUGACGUUCCGUUGGUCUUUUCCGUGUCGGAAGAUUUGGCCGUUGGGCAGACGGUAGCCCAAAUAACCGCAACCGAUCCGGACACGCUCGGAACGCUGGAGUACUCGCUGGUGAAAGGUGACACCGGGAAGUUCCUGCUGGAGAAAAGCACCGGCCUGCUGAAGCUGCGCGACGCCCUGGAUCGCGAAACCGAGGACACCUACCGCCUAGUGGUCAGCGUUACCGAUGGCGUCCAGAGCACCGAAACCACCGUCACCGUACAGGUCACCGACACCAACGACAAUCCACCGUCGUUUGCCGAGGCGGCGUACUCGUUCGAUAUCCCGGAGAACGCGGCACGUGGCUUCCAGGUCGGAGUCAUCUCCGCCAGCGAUCCGGACCUGGGUACGAAUGCCGCCGUCAGCUAUACGGUGAUUUCCGACUGGGCCAACGAUGUGUUCUCGCUGAAUCCCCAGACGGGGAUCUUCACGCUGACGGCGCGCUUGGACUACGAGGAGGUACAACACUACAUUCUCGUGGUGCAGGCGCAAGACAACGGGCACCCGAGCCUGUCCAGCACCCUGACCGUGUACUGCAAUGUGAUUGAUCUGAAUGACAAUGCUCCGAUUUUCGAUCCGAUGAGCUACUCGAACGAAAUUUUCGAAAACGUCCCGGUCAGCACAGAUGUGGUAACGGUCAGCGCCACCGACACCGAUUCCGGAGUUAAUGGACGCGUCCGCUACAGUAUCAGUGCGGGUGAUGACAAUGAGGAUUUUGAAAUCCUGAACAACGGUACGAUCCGCACCCGACGGGCGUUGGACCGCGAGACGAAGGCUAGCUACAGUCUGACCGUAACGGCCCGGGAUAGUGCCCGGGAGCCGGAAAAGCAGCUUUCGUCCACCGUACAGGUUACCAUCGUCCUCAAAGACGUCAACGACAUGGCUCCGGAGUUUGUCACCCCGAACGAAACCAGCGUGGCCGAGAACAUCCCGCUGAACACCGUCAUCAUGGCCGUGAAGGCCGUUGAUCGCGACGAAGGUCGCAACGGCUACGUCGAAUACGCCCUGGAUCCGAACGUACAGACCCCCUUCACGGUGGGAUCGGCCGACGGACUGCUCCGGGUAUCGGGCCGUUUGGAUCGUGAAACCAAAUCCAGCUACGAUUUGACCAUCACCGCCAAGGACCGUGGCGAACCUCCGAGGGCCACCCAGUCGAGAAUCACUGUGCACGUAUUGGACGAGAACGAUAACAGUCCGAUAUUCGAUCCGAAGCAGUACAGUGCUGCCAUUGCGGAAAAUGCCAGCAUUGGGGCGAGUGUGUUGCAGGUUUCCGCCACCGACAUCGACGAGGGCGCUAAUGGACGGGUCCGUUUUUCGAUUGCGGCCGGCGACGACAAUCGAGACUUCACCAUCAGCGAGGACAGCGGCGUAGUUCGGGUGGCCAAGAACCUCAACUACGAGCGCAAAUCGCACUACACCGUCACCGUCCGGGCCGAGGACUCCGCCAGCGAUACGGAAAACGGCGAGGUGCGUUUCGACACGGCCAAGCUCUCCAUCACCAUCACCGACAUCAACGACAAUCCGCCGACGUUUCUGGAUUCGCCCUAUCUGGCGUACGUGAUGGAAAAUGUCAUCCCCCCGAACGGCGGAUACGUCAUUACGGUGCGGGCCUACGAUGCCGAUACGCCACCGUUCAACUCGCAGGUUCGCUACUUUCUCAAGGAGGGCGAUACGGACUUUUUCAAAAUCAACGCAUCGACCGGUGAAAUCUCACUGCUGCGGGCGCUCGACCGGGAAAUGCAGGCCGAGUACAUCCUGACACUGGUGGCAAUGGAUACCGGAUCUCCUCCGCUUACAGGAACGGGUACAGUUCGCGUUAUCGUGCAGGACAUGAAUGAUCACAGUCCGGAGUUUGAACGCCAGAGCUAUCAUGCUACAGUCUCGGAGAAUCUGCCACCCGGUACCAAAAUUCUGCGCCCAAUGGCUAGCGACAAAGAUACCGGAUUGAAUGCCAAGAUUCGAUACACUCUGCUGGGAGAACAUUCGAAGCGCUUCGUUGUAGAUCAAGAUUCAGGAGAGAUUUCCACGGCCGUCACCCUAGAUCGUGAAGAAAUUCCUCAGUAUCAUUUCACUCUGAUGGCUCAGGACAGUUCAACCACAGAACCACGAGCGACGGUCGUCAAUCUCACCAUCACUGUUACCGACAUGAACGACAACAGUCCUGCCUUCGAUUCCGCCAGUUUCCAUGUCAACAUUCCCGAUCGGAUCAAACGCAAUCAAUUUGUGUUCGGCGCUAAGGCCAUAGAUCUGGACGAGGGAAUAAACUCUCGCAUUUCAUAUUCGAUCAGCGGAGCCGAUACGAACAAGUUCCGUAUCAACGAAAACACUGGAGUGAUUGAGGCGUCCGUUGAGCUGUCCCUACCCGGACAGAACGCCGACCGUGUCUUCAGCCUUAUCAUUGAAGCUCGUGAUCAAGGCUACGAUCAGAAAUCAACCAAAGCGGAGCUGACGAUCGCACUGAAAUCAGCUCACUUGUUCCCUGUUUUCUCGUACUUGUCGGAAACUCAAUUCAUUCUACCGGAAGAUAUUGCCGAUGGUAAAGUAGUGACAAAGAUUUCCGCCACGUCUCCCAAGAAGGGCCCAGCAGGAAACAUCCGAUAUGCCAUUGCCGGCGGAAAUAUUGGGGAUGCGCUGAGAAUUGAUCCCAACACGGGCGAAGUAGCUGUCAACAAGGGUGGUCUGGAUUACGAAACUAAUCAGCAAUACGAAGUUUGGAUCGAAGCUGCAGAUUCCGACAGGCCCAGUCUGCGAAGCGUAAUGCAGUUGGUGAUCAACGUUACCGAUGCGAACGACAAUGCUCCAGAGAUGGAGAAGCAGGUCUACACUGCUGAAGUCAUGGAGGAAGAAUCUCCCGGCUCGUUUGUAAUAAAGGUACAAGCCACCGAUGCCGACACGGAAGAAAACGGACAGCUAUCCUACAGCUUAAAGGACGACUUCGAUAGUUUCGAAAUCAACAGUGAUACAGGUGAAAUCUAUACAACGACGAGACUCGAUCGCGAAGAUAUUCCACGCUAUGUACUUAUUGUGGAAGCUGUUGAUCAAGGAGUACCUCAGCUUACAGGAAGCGCUACUGUGCUGGUCAACGUACUUGAUAAGAAUGACAAUCCACCAAAGUUUACUCGUCUGUUUAGUGUAAACGUGACAGAAAAUGCUGAAAUCGGAAUAUUCGUCAUUAAGAUCACCUCAUCUGAUUCGGACAUCGGUAUCAAUGCCAAUGCAUCCUACAUUUUCACGGAAAAUAUCGGAAACAAAUUCAUGAUCGACUCUACAACCGGCAACGUCACGGUAGCUGGACAUCUUGAUCGUGAACAGCAAGACGAAUACAUACUCAAAGUGGCUGCAGUUGAUGGCGCAUGGAGGGCCGAAACACCCCUUACAAUUACCAUCCAAGAUCAAAACGAUAAUGCUCCUGAAUUUGAACACAGUUACUAUAGCUUCAAUUUCCCCGAGCUUCAGAAACCGGUAACCUUCGUUGGGCAAGUGAUCGCCACCGAUCGCGACAAACAUGGCCCUAACUCGGUCAUAUCCUACUCGCUUCAACAACCAUCCGACAUGUUCUCCAUUGAUCCUGCCACCGGAGAAAUUUUCAGCAAAAGAACCAUCCACUACAAACACACUCAGCUGGAAUCGUCGCCAGAGAACAUGUUCAGUUUGACGAUUCUCGCUACGGACAACGGCAAACCUCCAAUGUACUCCGAAUGUCUUGUCAACAUCAACGUUGUCGACGCCAACAACAAUCCACCUGUGUUUGUCCAACGUGAAUACCUCUCUCCAGCACCGGAAGGUGCCAUUGUUGGACAGAAGAUCGUCCAGCUGGUCGCUCGUGACGAACUAGACUUUGGAGUCAACGCUGAGAUCGAAUACGCUGUCACCGGUGGUAACGGAACCAGCAACUUCGUCAUCAACAAAAACGAUGGCUGGAUCAUUGUCAGCAGCACUCUGACAGAAAGUCCUGGAAAGGUCUACACACUGAACGUACGUGCCGUGGACAAGGGAGUUCCUCCUCAACAGGACGAAGUUGUGGUAACGAUCAUUAUCACCGGAAUGAAUAAGUUUGCUCCCGUCUUCCAAAGUCCGUCGUAUCAGGUGAUCGUACCGGAAAGCGAACCCAUCGGAUCAACCAUCUUGACAGUGAGUGCUCCAGAUAACGAUGACGGCCCUAACGGAAUGGUCCGCUACGCUAUCACUGGUGGAAAUGAGCGAAAAGAAUUUGCCGUCGAUAGUGCCUCGGGUGCCAUCACAAUUCUCCAGUCUUUGGACUACGAUCUCAUACAAAUCUAUCAGCUGAACAUAACGGCGGAGGACCUGGGUUUCAAACCGAAGAAAUCGAUGGCCAUGAUUACGGUAACGUUGACCGACAUCAACGACAAUGCCCCCACUUUCAACCAAACCGAGUACGAUGCCUUCCUGCCGGAAAAUUCUCCACCAAAGACAUUCGUCUACAAAGCGGUAGCGCAUGAUCGCGAUUCACCCAAAAACGCGAUCAUCCACUACUCCAUUAUCGGUGGCACUGGUCGGGAUUUGUUCUCGAUCGAAACGGUUACUGGCAUCAUCCGAUCGAAAGCCACAUUCGAUUACGAAGAACACAACCGUUACACGUUGGAGGUCAUGGCUAUAAACCCCGAUUCACCAAUGAAGAACAAAACCAAAGUGAUCGUACACAUCACGGGGGUCAACGAAUUCUAUCCCAAAUUCAUUCAACCGGUGUUUCACUUUGAUGUUUCUGAAUCGGCGGAAGUAGGAUCGAACGUAGGCGUCAUUCAGGCCACCGACAAGGACGCUGGAGAAGAUGGAAAGGUCUACUACUUGUUGGUAGGUUCCAGCAACGACAAAGGAUUCAGCAUUCAUCCGGAAACUGGGGUAAUGGUUGUCUCGCGGAAUCUUGAUCGUGAAACACAAUCCAGAGUUGUACUAACGGUUUUGGCCAAGAACUUUGGUGGAAUACGAGGAAAUGACACAGACGAAGCCCAGGUAAUCAUUUCCAUUCAGGAUGGGAAUGACCCGCCGGAGUUUCUACUCGAUUUUUACGAGGCUAAUGUUUCGGAAGGUGCUCAAGUUGGAACGCGAAUCAUUACGGUGAAAGCAGUUGACAAGGACGUUCGGCCGCAGAACAAUCAAUUUAGUUACUCGAUCAUCGGGGGAAACAACGAUCACUCCUUCAAGAUCGAUCCCCAAACCGGGCAAAUCGAAACAUCCCGGAUGCUCGAUCGUGAAACUAUUCCAGUCCACAAGUUGAUUCUUGGAGCUAUAGAUACAGGAUCACCUCCACAGACAGGCACAACUACGGUGAAGAUUUCAGUGACUGAUAUAAACGAUAAUGGACCGACAUUCGAUACUAAGGAUACGGUUGGAACGGUACUGGAAAAUGAACCUCCUCACACGGUAAUCAUGACUCUUGCCGCAAGCGAUCCUGACCUUCCUCCAAAUGGAGCACCUUUCACCUACAACUUGGUUGGAGGGCGACAUACUUCGCUGGUAACACUGGAGAAACAUUCUGGAGUUUUGAAGACCUCGCGGAGCAUUGAUCGCGAAACAACUCCACAACUUGAGCUGCUCGUUGAAGUCGAGGAUAAUGGAAGUCCUAAAAUGAGAACGCAACAUACUAUCACUGUGAACGUUCUGGAUCAAAACGAUAGUCCGUCGACUCCACGGAUCGUGCAUGUUCUGGUUUAUAUUUUCAACAAUCAAAUCAACGGAGACAUUGCAAACGUGCAUCCUAAUGAUCCGGAUACAACGGGAGACUACAGAUGCAAAAUUUUGAGCGAUCUCAACAAGAAUCCAAUAUCAUCGUUCGCAAUAAGCUCAGGAUGCAAGCUAAGGCCAACAUCGUCGUCACUCCCCAGCAAUGGUCACAGCUUCUUAGUAUCCGGAAACGAUGGAAGGCAUGCUGAUGUCGUGUCUACGGUUAGCGUAGAGUUCCUUCGGUUCGACAACGUUACUGUGGAGAACUCCAUCACAAUCCGCAUCGAAAACAUGACCAGCAGUAGAUUCCUGGCGAACUACUACAGAAACUUCAUAGACAUUCUCAAGUCUUCGAUUGAAAACUCGGACGAACUUAUCGUGUACAGUCUGCUCGACGUUGACAAAGCAACGGAUAUUUCCGUAGCCGUAUCAAACAGCAACAAGGGAUUCCGUUCAAAGAAAUACAUGAGCGAGCGAUUCAGUAAAAAGCAAGACGCGAUCAACCUUCUGCUUCAAAGUUCUAAGAUUACAAUAGAUUUCAUACCGUGUGAUGCCAACACGUGCGACAACGGUGGCAUUUGCUACGAGAAAAUCAAUGUCUACGAAGAUACUCAGAUUACGGAUAGUCAAUCGUUGAUCUUCACGUCUCCUCUGGUGAAGCACGACUUCAGAUGCAAGUGUUCAGAGGGUUACACGGGACAGAAGUGCGACAAACGACAGGAUCCUUGCUCGCCGAAUCCUUGCCAAGCAGGAGGUCAAUGUCGACGUCAGGGUUACGAUUUCCAGUGCUCGUGUCCUCCGAAUCGAGAGGGAAAGUUCUGUCAGCUGGAGCGCGGAGAUAUCUGCUCAAGCAGUCCAUGUAAGAAUGGGGGAUCUUGUCGGGAGAGUUCCGAUGGGUCGUCAUUCUUCUGCCUUUGCCGACCGGGCUACCGAGGGAACCAGUGCGAAGCUGUUGCUGAUUCCUGUCGGCCCAAUCCAUGUCUGCACGGGGGACUGUGCGUGAGCUUGAAACCGGGUUACAAGUGUAGCUGUGUCGACGGACGAUACGGAAGACACUGUGAGAAGUCAACGUUCGGAUUCAAAGAGUUAUCGUUCAUGGCGUUUCCUGCACUAGACUCGGCCACCAAUGAUAUAUCGGUGAUCUUUGCUACGACCAAGCCGGACGCUUUGCUGAUCUAUAACUACGGUAUUCAAAGUGGUGGGCGAUCGGAUUUCGUCGCAAUGGAAAUUGUCAGCGGACGGGCGGUGUUCUCAUUCGGAGGUGCAAGGACGGCCAUUACAUCGCUGGUUGUAGGGCAAGGCGCCUCCAGUGGCAACAACAUAUCCAACGGAAAGUGGCACAAGAUCACGGCUACGAGGAAUGGACGAGUUAUGUCUUUGAGCGUAUCCAAGUGCUCGGAAAAUGGAGACUACUGCGAGGACUGUAGACCAGGAGAUUCCACCUGCUAUGCGGAUGAUACUGGUCCCACAGGAACACUGAAUUUCAACAAGCAUUCUUUGUUGGUAGGAGGCCUUGCCUCAGCAGAUCCCGUUCUAGAACGUCCCGGUCAGGUCCACUCUGACGAUUUGGUAGGCUGCGUCCAUAGUGUUUCGAUCAACGGUCGAGCAUUGAACCUGAGCGCUCCUAUAAAGUCAUUUGGCGUAGAAUCUACCUGCAAGCGAGGUAGCAACGGAGGACCAUGCAGCCUUGGACUUCCCGACGAUCCUGCCCAUCCCCUCUGCGGUCCUUUUGGUCAGUGUAUGGACCGUUGGCAUACGGCCAUGUGCCGCUGCGGUGGGAUGAUCCUUUCGCCGGAUUGUUCAAAUUCUCUGGAGCACUAUUCAAUUGCUGAUGGUGGGUUCAUAGAAUUCGAAAUCUCCGAAAAGCACAAACGAAUGCAACUGCUGGAAAACAUCUACAGCGGGAAAAAUAUCUGGAGCUACGACGUUACGCGGAACAAACGAUACUCGAUCAAGACAGAGAACAUUUCCAGUUUGACGAUAGCGGAAGAUCCUCCGAAAUAUAUGAGCAUCCUCUUCAGAACCAACAAACCGAAUGGUUUGCUAAUUUACGCCGCUACCAAUAAGCACUACACGUCAAUCGAAUUGAAGAAUGGCAAAAUCUUCUACAACUCUCAUCAGGCUUCGUACGUAAAUAUAACGGCAUCGACGCCGGAGAACUUGGCCGAUGGGAAUUGGCACAACGUAACGCUACAUGCUCAUAACCGAAUCCUCCAAGUGAUCGUCGAUGGUAAAAACGUGAUCGAGGAUCUGGAUUCAGCUGGGGUUCAUGAUUUCCUGGAUCCCUAUUUGACCGUGUUGUCGAUUGGAAACGUGAGAAGGGAAUUGUUUGCCAACGAUGCCAUGCCCACGUACUUCCAAGGAUGCUUGGCGAACUUUACCAUCAACAGUGAAAUUCAGCCAUUCAACGGAUCUGGCAGCAUUUUCAAGAAAGUGGUUCAUCGAGGAAACGUCAUUCCUGGCUGUUUGUUGGCUGGAUUGGGAGCGGCACAGGUUACAGAUCCGCUGAGCAUUGGAGUUACGCUGGUGAUCAUAUUCUUCAUUGUUCUGUUGGUGGCAAUUUUGCUGUCUUUCUUGGUGUUUCGUCUGCGGAAGCAACACAAGGAGAAAAGCGGCGGCCUUGGUGGUCCCUCGGCUAUUCAUUCAAAACAGAAUGGUGGCUCUACGUUGUUGAGCACUUCGCAGCUGGUGUCUUCUGGCAAUCAUGGCGACAUCGGAAGAGGUCUGCACGUGAAUGAUCUGUCGGUUGUGGGAUACCAUUCCGAUAAUAAUGAGAUGUUGAGAGGUGUAGGAGGACAUCAUCUGGUUGGGCCUGAAUUGAUUUCUAAGAAGUACAAAGAACGAGAUAUCACCAACAGUGAACCACAGAGACCGCAACGUCCGGAUAUAAUUGAGCGUGAGGUUGUAAGUAAAAGUCCUCCAUUGAGAGAGGAUCAUCAUCCACCACUUCCUCCGCCAAGCCAAUCGCAUCAUCCGCAUGAUCAUACCAAUCCUGUAGAUCUUGGCUCAGAAUAUCCAGAGCACUAUGACUUGGAAAAUGCCAGUUCAAUUGCUCCAUCUGACAUUGACAUCGUUUAUCACUACAAGGGAUACCGCGAAGCAGGAGGAGUACGCAAGUAUAAGGCCACUCCACCUCCGGUGGCGACCUACACCCACCAUAAACAUCAGACUUCAGCUCAACAGCAGCAUCGCCAUUCGCCACAUCAUGCUGGUCCGUAUGCUCCAAGAGUGCCGCCUCAGGCUAGUCAACCACCACCAUCGAACACUCCACGACCGCAUCAGACAACACCACUUGCAAGACUUUCACCUAGUUCCGAACUAAGUUCCCAGCAACCUCGGAUUCUCACCUUACACGACAUCUCAGGAAAACCCCUGCAGAGUGCUCUGUUAGCAACCACUUCUAGCUCAGGAGGAGUUGGUAAGGAUGCUCUGCACAGCAAUAGCGAGCGAAGCCUUAACAGUCCGGUGAUGAGUCAACUAUCCGGACAAAGUUCCAGUGCUAGCCGGAAAAAUCCCGGCGUACCGCAGCAACCUCAGAACGUCAACUCUGUCGUUCCGGGGCCCAUGGGUCUCACAGCCGAAGAGAUCGAACGACUAAACUCACGUCCAAGGACGUCUAGUCUGGUGUCCACUCUGGAUGCAGUUUCCAGCAGCAGUGAGGCUCCACGGGUGCCAGCUCCCCAUCUAACUCACAUGCAUCACUCACCGGCAGUCGAUGCGCACAGUUCGACAUCUACGGACGAAUCCGGUAACGAUAGUUUUACCUGCUCGGAAAUCGAGUACGAUAACAACAGCAUGAACGGCGACAAAUAUACCAAGAGCCGAGAUGACACCAAUCGUCGAGUGGUGAACGAUAACAACAACAGCAACAAGCCACCACAUCUACCACCAUCGUCCUACGAUGGAUUCGAUUCUUCCUUCCGGGGAUCGCUGAGUACACUCGUCGCGUCCGACGACGACCUCUCCAGCCAUAUGGUCGGAAUGUAUCGGCAACCGAACGGAGCGUCACCAUCGGCCACAGGUUGGGACUACCUACUGAACUGGGGACCCAACUUCGAGAGCCUGAUGGGGGUGUUCAAGGAUAUUGCCGAACUACCCGACACGGUCAACGGGAGGGUACCGAGCUCCCUGCGGAUACCAGCCGGUGUGCAGAAACCGUCGGAAGAAUAUGUGUAGCAACUGGGAGACACAGAAGAAUGGUGAUUUAAAUAACGUGUAAAUACUAGCGCCAACUGAAUUUUAAUUAGUACGUUUCGAGUAUGCCGACUGGAAAGAAAGAAGGAAGACGUAGAACGAAGUGCAACCAACACUUUCCACACUCUCAUUGUGUGCAAAUUUUUGCUUUGCCUUGUAUCAAGGUACGACCUCGAGUUCCAUGUAUACACACAUAAGUAGGAGUAGGGAGUAGGAAAUCGCGCGGGAAAGAUGAAGUGUAAGAUAGAGAAAAGCAGAACUGUAGUAAUAGCGCCAUCUACUGAAAACAUUUGUACGUAAUAGGCAAACUGAAAGGUCCUCCAAAUGUGCAUUUAUUACCAUGACACCAGGCGUGUGCGAGUAAGCGUCCCCUUUUCUGGCCCAACCGUUGAAUCUCAGAAUUUGGCGGGUGAUUCGCGGGCCUGAGCGGGGACUUUGAUUUAACUAGGAAACUGAAUCAGUGCUAUGUUUUAUAAUAGGGGUUUGAACACACAAUAAGAGAUUCGCAAUGUUUUAAACUGUAAAUAGGCAAUUUUAGCAGAAAAGGAGAAGGAAGGAGAAUCAUCGUAAACUAUCUUGCCAUAUGCUUUUAUGAGUUAAACGAAAACUCUUUUAACAAUUUCGUCGCUAGGCGUAGGUUAACGUUUUUAUUAAAGCAAUAACAUAAAUCGUAAAUAAAUUACUUCCAAAUGAGACUGUUUUAACUGCGUAGUUUAGAGCUGUAGAAUGCUAGCCAUGUAAGUUUCAAACAGGUAGGACAUUCCCAUUUAUAACAACAUGAAAUUACAAUUCUAAAUUAACAUGUACAAACCAACGGUUUUCUUUUCGGCAAUGAUACAGUAUGUAAAUAGCCUAGUAACAAAACAACUCCAAUUGAAUCUAGUGAAAUGAAUUUCUGUAAAAUUUCAAACAAAACAGGAAAUAAAUGUUAAUUAUGAAAAAAAAAACGCUGCUGUGG